GUGGGGCUUGGUGUGUCAUCACGGGUGGAAGAAAGAAAACGGACAGGUUGUGUGUAAAUCAUUAAAGUGUGGGGACGUGAAGGAUUCCGGUUAUCAGAUUGCCCUGUACGAAAAUCCACCUCCACCCAGACAAUAUUUGAUGGAUCAAGUGGACUGCAUAUCUAAUGAAACAAGCCUUUUGGAAUGCCCAUUUUAUGGUGGUGAAAACAUUAAGUGCAAAAAAGAUUUUUCUUCUUACGUUGCUGUUGAAUGCACUGGAAAUGUUCAACUGAGUUUGAAUGGGCAGUGGGGUAAAUGUGCUGGAAUGGUGGAGUACACAACGCAGAACGGCAGCUUUGGUGUCUGUAAAGAUUCUGCCUGGGGUAAAAAACCAGCAGACAAGAUAUGCCAGGAGCUUAAUUGUGGAGAUUGUUUUCGGGGAUGUGAUAAAGAGAAUGGACUGUUCAAAGGACAAAAGAGCGAAGAAAAUGUAUCGCUUAAAUGUCAUGACAAAGAAAAGUUCUCUUGGCAAUGUAUGGAGUUGUCAAACUGCUCGGAACGAGUCGGUGUGAUCUGCACAAAACACAAGAGGUUCCGUCUGCGAGAUGGCGACGAUCUUUGCUCUGGGUUUGUGGAAGUGCACAAUAUCACAGAUAAAUCAUGGGUUCCUGUUAAGGAGGAAGAUGUCAGCCCUAAAGACAUCUGUACGCAAUUAAAUUGUGGUACCUCUGGAAAUUUCACUAACGAUAAUGGAAAUAACAGUCUCCGACUGACAUGCUCAGGCAAGGUCAAGCUCCGCAAAUUCACAUCAAAGUGUUUCGGAGAUGUUAAUGUUAGUGUGAACGGCUCUGACUAUGGAGUGUGCUACAGUGAAUCAAAUAAAAGACUGGGGGAGCAAGUGUGUAAAGAGCUUGGCUGUGGAGAGUUGCUGGAUGAGAAAGAGGGCCGCGCCAUUUCUAAUGGUUUGCUGAGUAAUGUUGAGUGCCUGGGCAACGAGGCGUCACUGUGGCAUUGCCUGGCCAAACAUGAGAUAAAACGAUGCAAGGCAACCACUGUUAUAUGUGCAGGCAGCUUGGAUGUGCGUUUGAGUGAUGGUCUGGGUCAGUGUUCUGGACGUGUAGAGCUGCAAUGGGAGGGCUCAUGGAAGUCCAUAAACUCCAACGGGUGGACCGCUGUGGAAUCAAACAUGGUGUGUGAACAUCUCAAAUGUGGUCAAUCUACUUCAAUGACUAAACUCUUCAUUGAAGGGAAACAGAAACAACUGGAAUCGCCAUGGCGUUUCAAGUGUGAAAGCUCUUCAGCAAAACUCUCUGAGUGCUUAAAAGAAACGAGAACUUUAAGUCCAAGAGCGCCAAAUGUACAAAUCAUGUGCCAAAAGGAAGAACUUAUGUUCUUUGAAGGUGAUUCACCCUGCAGGGGAAGAGUACUCAUCAAGUCAUUUGACGGUGAGGCCGAGGCCCGCCCGCUGUCUGAAAAACCAGUGGCAGACAACAAGACAGAAGCCAACGACAUAUGCCGUGCAAUGCAGUGUGGUGACGUAGUCAAAAAGCAAAACGGCACAUAUGCCGAUGUCACAUGUUCAGGCUCGGUGAACGUGACACUUCGAAACAAGCCUGAAAAGAAUGAAAGAUGCUGGGGAGUGGUAGAGGUCUGCAAAAAUGGAAUAUGUGGUGGAGUUUGCAUGGACACCUGGAAAAUUGAAGACUCCACAAAGAUCUGUGAUAACUUGGGCUGUGGUAAACCAAUUCAGAUCACGUCAAAAAAUCAGAUUCCGACACAAUACCAUGGAUCUGUGAACCACUAUAGUGUGUACUGCUUGAAUGAGGUGAAAAAUAUAAGCAUGUGCAGGUUUAUUCCCAAUAGCGACUCCAUCUGCAAUAAUCCAGCCCAAGUGAUAUGCACAGACAGCGUCAAAGCUAAACUGGAGGAUCCAAGAGACAAAUGCGCUGGAACUGUGUCACUGUAUUACCCUGGGAAGUGGACACCCGUCUGCGAAGACAGUCUUGAUACAAAUCUUAGAAAUGCAAUCUGCAGGGAAUUGAAUUGUGGGCAGUAUAAACCUACUACAUUGACUUUCCAAGACAAGUUUCAAAAUGCUGGACUAUCAAGUAUUCAAUGUACGAGUGAUGCCAACUCUGUUUCCAAAUGUAACCUCGAAGGCAUUUUAGUCAAAACCCAAUGCACUGUCGGCUAUCUACAAUGCACAGAACAGAAACGAUUGCUCCUGUAUGAACAGAAACACUCCUGCAGUGGUCCUGUAUAUGCUCUGAGUGGAGGGAAAACACAGUUUGUCAGUGGACAGGGAUGGGGCAAAGAGGAAGGGCAAAAGAUGUGCGAGUAUCUACAGUGUGGAGACUACAUAUCACACUCCACUAUACCCAAAGACACAAACGAGUGGUGGAAUAGGACCUAUAAUUGCUCAGGGAAGACGGAUAUUUGGGAAUGUGAGAGACAUGACCAGGCCUCCCAGCUUCAACAAUUAAACAUCAAAUGUAACGGUACACCUCCAGCCAUUGUCCUCUCAAAAAAAUGCACAGGCGAGGUGAGAAUAAAUAACGAGAAUGUUUGUGCGUCUAUGGACGAUCAGAUGUACAGUGAGUUAUGUGACAACCUCGGCUGUGGUACGGCCUUCCACCACUGGAGUACAGAUUUAAAGAAAUCAAAUUGCUGGGAUUUCAGCUGCACUGGCAAGGAGACGCUGCUGUGGCAGUGCGGCUUUAAGAAGGACGUAUUUAACAAAAUCCUUUCUGUGACAUGUCAAAAGGGUAUUGAGUUCGGCUCCACUGAGAAGUGUGGCGGAAAGCUUGUGGUCAAGUAUGGAGAUCAAUGGGAAUAUGUCUGUAAAGAUAUAUUUGCAGCUAAUACUACAGAAGUUUGUAAAGUGCUUAACUGCACGAAUGGUCAAAAACGUGUGGAUGAAAGGGACAUUGCCAAAGAAAUAAAGGUGACCGUUAAAUGCCCAGAGAAGUACCAGUACAUUUCUCAGUGUGUGCAGCCUUUCAAUGAAAAAUGCACACUCGGCCCUGUUGAAAUCAAAUGUGAAGGUUAUGAAGAGAAAGUUAAAUCUACAGGGAAUUCUGGUCUGAUAGUGGGUCUGUCGCUGGGCAUGCUGGGGUUGCUGAUUAUGGUUUUUAUGUGGAUGAAUAGGAAACGCCUACUUUUAGUCUUACGAAAUUACAGAAAUAAAAAUGGCAAAGACAUCAACAUUGACAGGAAUGAAAUGAAUAACAUGGAGAAAGAGGACAGAGCCAAAUCUGUUUCAGAUUUGUCUCAAGGAAAGGCGUCAUCAUUAGAAUAUGAUGAAUAUGAGGAUGCGGAUCCUGUCAGCAAGACGGGAGAGGAGGAUGCAGAUGAUAGAAGUGAAGUCUCCUCUGGGACCGAAUAUGAUGACAUUGAGGGACAAAACAGUGACAUCUCUCCUCACCAAUCCCACGCUGAUGACGACCUCCCACUCCUUCCCAAGCGACCCGACAACAUUCUAGAUCAGGACACCUAUGAAGUGGAGACAGAGAAACAGGAGGACUAUGAUGAUGUCAUGGCUUUCGAAAAUGCAGGGAUGGCAGACACACGAGCACAAGUAGAUGUAGCUGUGAAUGCAGGCACAGAUUCAGAAGCAGGUACAGGUGUAAAUGCAGAUGCAGUGGUGGUGACCACUGAGGUAGAAGUUCAUGCUGAACAAGAGUAAGGAUGCAGCCACAUGGUUACACACUUUAUUUCUAUAGUCCACUUUAGACAUUCCAUUAACUGUAAGUAACUUUGCAACUACAUCCAUAGUUCGGGUCGAGAAAGUCAUUUUAUUUUCAUUUUUGAAAUUGGAAUGCACACAAGCACACACACACACACACACACACACACACA